AGAUUUCUAGUAAUCAAUUCGCAAACAUUUUUGCAUUGCAUUUUUGGAAUUGCUAAAAUCUUCUGGAUUAUCUAAGCUUUUUUUUGUUUUUAUCAUUCAUACCUUCAACGUAAUGAAUGGAGAUAAGGGAUUUUAUCAAGCAUUCAAGAGGCCUAAAAUGGAUAUAAUUAUAUUUCAUUUCAAGUCCAAGGUAACUACUUGAGACAGUCGGAAUUAGUUAUUGAUUCGUAUGAGCUAGAGAACAUUUUUAUUUCCAAUGGCUACCAAUAAAGACCACAAAAUCUGCAGGAUUCAGAAACUGGGAAAUUUGGGGAGUGAUAUUCAAAACCUUCUCAGAGAGGCUGUAGAAGCGCGGCUGACCUCUUAUUCGCCUUAUAGUAAAUUCCAAGUUGGUGCUGCUGUCCUAGCAGAAGAUGGAACAAUCUAUAAGGGAUGCAAUAUAGAGAAUGCAUCAUUUCCUGUGGGUCAGUGUGCUGAAAAAACAGCUUUUGGAACUGCAAUAUGUUCUGGAAGGAGAAAAUUUAAAGCUGUUGCAGUAGUAGCUAGCCAAGAGAAGGGGUUCACCACACCUUGUGGUGGCUGUAGGCAAUUCAUGAGCGAAUUUGGGGAAGUAGAUCUUUACAUUUCCAAACCUGAAUUGAAUGAAGUACUAGUUACUACUUUAGGAAAUAUCUUGCCCUUGCAGUUUGAGGUUUGUGAAGAUUAUUCAUUUUGAAUUGUCCUUGAAGGUAUUAUUGGUAAUGAAUUGUAUUAAUUAUCAUUAAUUAUACUUAUAGUUCAAUAAAUGUAUUCUAUGGCUUGU